CCGUGGGUAUUCUUGACGCUGAAUUGCAAAGAAAAACACCUGUGGAAGAAAGGAAGGGAAGGGAACCUGUUGGAAGAUUCUUUGGAUGAUAUUAUAGGCACAAGACUGACCACAAGAUUGCUAAUAUAGUGUUCGUCAACACUCGGAAAGGUGAUGGAGAACGUAAGACACAGAAAACAAAGUGGAAACCAGGCUCUUGAUGAUGUAUCCGUUACCAGCAAGAAACCGAAAUCCACAAACUUACAGAAAGAGGUGGGUCUGAUCAGCGGAAUCUGUGUCAUUGUCGGAACCGUGAUAGGUUCGGGGAUUUUUAUUUCUCCGAAGUCUGUUCUGGGUAAUGUUGGAGCAAUUGGACCUUGCUUGGUUAUCUGGGCAUCCUGCGGAGUGUUGGCCACCUUAGGGGCACUAUGCUUUGCUGAACUUGGCACAAUGAUCCCCAGAUCAGGAGCAGAAUAUCCUUACCUGUUGGAAGCCUUUGGGCCCAUCCCUGCCUUCCUGUUUUCCUGGUCGAGCCUCAUGGUCAUCAAGCCCAGCGCCUUCGCCAUUAUCUGCCUGACUUUCGCAGAGUAUGUGUCAGCUCCGUUUUACCCAGGAUGUGACCCUCCCGUGGCGGUCAUUAAGUGCCUGGCUACAGCAGCCAUUGUGGCCAUUACAGUCCUGAAUUCCCUGAGCGUGAAAUGGACCAGCUAUCUUCAGAACAUUUUAACUGCUACUAAAAUGGUGAUUGUCGUAAUUAUCAUUGUAAGUGGCAUCAUUCUCCUGGCCAAAGGAAACACAAAAAAUUUUAACAAUUCUUUUGACAGUUCCUCAAUUUCCGUGGGAGGCAUAAGCCUGGCAUUUUACAGUGGACUCUGGGCCUAUGAUGGAUGGAACCAACUUAAUUAUAUCACAGAAGAGCUUAAAAAUCCUUACAGAAAUCUGCCCCUGUCUAUCAUAAUUGGAAUCCCCCUGGUCACGGUGUGUUAUAUUUUGAUCAAUGUUUCUUAUUUCACGGUCAUGACGGCCACAGAAUUGUUGCAGUCUCAAGCGGUUGCAGUGACGUUUGGGGAUCGGGUCCUUUACCCUGCUUCUUGGAUUGUUCCUCUUUUCGUGGCCCUUUCCGCCCUGGGGGCAGCCAAUGGGACUUGCUUCACGUCUGGCAGGCUUGCUUAUGUAGCAGGACGUGAAGGGCACAUGUUGAAGGUUUUAUCCUACAUCAGCGUUAAGCGUUUAACGCCGGCACCCGCUAUUAUAUUUUAUGGUACAGUAGCAUUUUUUUAUGUCAUCCCCGGAGACAUCAACACCCUCAUUAACUACUUCAGCUUUGCCGUCUGGCUCUUCUAUGGCUUAACAGUCUUGGGACUGGUUGUUAUGCGCUAUACAAGAAAAGAUCUGAAAAGGCCUAUCAGAAUACCCGUAAUCAUCCCUAUUGUUGUGGUGCUCGUAGCCAUUGUUCUGGUCUUGGCUCCCAUUAUCAGUGAGCCUGAGUUUGCAUAUUUGUACUGUGUCCUAUUUAUUUUUAGUGGACUUAUCUUUUACGUUCUUUUCGUCCACUACAAGUUUGGCUGGGCUCAAAAAAUCUCAGAGCCGAUCACCAUGCAUCUUCAGAUGCUGCUGGAAGUCGUUCCACCAGAAGUUGUUGCUGAAUGAAAAAAGAUCCAAUUUUUCCUUCUGAAACAGGACAGAAACAGAAUCCUCAAACUAGCUCAAUCUUGCCAAGCAAAAUCUAGUGCUGGUUGUUUACGGAAUAUGCACGAGAUAGCAAAAGAUCUCACAAUAUGUAUGAGACAGCAAAGAUCUUACAAGGAUUUUUUUUUACAUAUUUAACCUGUCUUACCGAGGAAGGGAGUCCAUUUUUUGCAUCAGUUACGAUUUAAAGAUUUAUAAUCAAGGGUGGAAAAAUCAAGAAAGGAAACAGGGAGUUUCCAUUACUAGAUUCAAAAUGAAAAGCAUUUAACAACUGAGAAUUACCUUUUGGGCGAUCUGGUAGGGCAAUGCCUCGGAGCUACCCGUUAACCAUCACAACAGAAGAGGCCAACUCCUGCAUCAGAUGGCAAGGAGGUUCAAGAAGGUUGGAGAUGGACUGCUUACCUCUAAAACCCGGGGAAGUUAACAAGUCUAUUCUUGGCUUCAAGAGAGCUGGAGACAGUGCUAUGCUUUCUCUGUACUUAAAGCAUUUUGGCAAAAUCAGUGGAUGGGAUAAUAGGGGUUUAUUGGCCUGCCAGGAGGUCUAACCCUCACAGCCUAGAGAGGGAUUGUCUACACUUUUCCUCCUCUGACACCCAAGUCUGUGUUUUCAUUCUUGUCGAGCUUUAACUAUGAGGUUGAUGUAGAGUGUUAUCUUCUGGACCAUUCAACUGUUGGAUGUUUAAGACAACCGCACCGCACCCCCAAAUCUAAUUACCAAGGUACAAUUGGAAGAUAACAAAGGAGUUUGUAGCAUUUUAAAAAAGACUGGUGAGAUUAAUUACUGCAAUUUUGAAAAUCUGUAAGGAUGUCACUUCUCCAAACAUGCAGGAACAGUUAUCAUUUUCUUUUUAGGAGAUACCAAGUAUGGGAGAACCCAGGGUCAUAUCAUAGUUGGAAGACCACAGGCUUUUUACCGUUAUUGAAUAUUAGUUUUUGAAAAUUAUUCAGGGACUUUUAUAAAAAUCCGAGAUGCCUUUUCAGAACUGGUCCCUAAAGGUUGCUGUUUCAAGAUUAGCCUCUGGGACUAUUUUGAUUCUAUAGUAGUUUCAAGCCACAAAUAAUAAAAGAUUUUACAAAACAGAGGUUUAUUCAUUUUAGAUUUUAAUGAACACUUUUUUUUCCUCUCUCAGAAAGACAACUAACGGUUAACAGAACCAAUAUUAAUUCAGAGAAAGAUCAGGUAUCUGAAUACAGAAUUAUAAACUUAGGUUCUUUGUAGACUUGUGCUUCCUUUGUUGCUUUGAUAAAACUUUGCACAGCUAUAAAACUAGAACAAUUGGAUUGUACAGUAACUAUAGGCUUUCAGAGAACUGGCUUGUAUAUUCUAACACAAUUUCUCAACCUUGAUAACUUUGCUGGCUGAGGAAUUUUGGGAGUUGAAGUCCAUACAUCUUAAAAUUUGCCUGGGUUGAGAAACACAUUUCUAAUGAAUGUGGGAGUGUGAAGAAUUCAUUGACUACAAUGAAAACUUUUGACCUUAACCCACAAACAUAUACUUAUAUGACUUUAUGUCAAUAACAUUUUGCAAAAGUUUACUAUUCUGUAUAAGUUGCAACUAUAUAAUUACAGGUUUUCUGUAUUCAGAUUUUCCAUGUGAACAUUUCAAGAAAUUAUGUGACAUGCUUUAUUUUCUUCUGCUUGAGGAAGAAAUAUGUGAUGCUUUGGUUGACACAGCUGAUAUAUGGCAAUACCACAACAAAACUAUACACCUGAAAGCAAAACCAGGUAUUUGAACGUUUUCUGAAACAAAUACACAAAACUUAAUAUUGUGAAAAAAGAACCAAAAGUUAUUAUUUUGUAAUGUUAUAUUACUGCUUUACCUCUCACAAAGAAUUAUCUCAUCAUAGCAAUUAGAUUGAAUUAACAUUACCCAUUUUAAGUUCCUUAAGAACCGAGUUACAACAAAUGAUCAGCCUAUCCUGUCAGCAUCAUAUAGCAUUACAAAAAAAUAUCUCAGAUUAUAUUGUAUUUUUUUU